UCAGGAGCAUCUGGAGGGGGCAGGUGCAGGUGCGGGCGGCGCCAACUCAGGGCUGCUGGAGGCCCAGGAGGCUCGGACGCCGUGCAGGAAGCUGCUGACCACGCCGGCUCCUGAUCGCAGGCGCACACAGCGCGGACAUGGCGGGCUGGUGGCCGGCAUUCUCGCGCGCGGCCCGGCGCCACCCGUGGCCCACCAACGUACUGCUCUACGGCUCGCUCUUCACUGCCGGGGACGCGCUGCAGCAGCGGCUGCAGGGCGGCGAGGCCGACUGGCGCCAGACGCGGAGCGUGGCCACGUUGGUGGUGACCUUCCACGCCAACUUCAACUACGUGUGGCUGGGCCUGCUGGAGCGCGCGCUCCCGGGCCGCGCGCCGCGCGCGGUGCUGGCCAAGUUGCUCUGCGACCAGGUGGUCGCUGCGCCCAUCGCGAUCUCGGUCUUCUACGCCGGUAUGAGCAUUCUCCAGGAAAAGGAUGACAUAUUUUUGGACCUGAAACAGAAAUUCUGGAAUACCUAUCUGAGCGGACUGGUGUACUGGCCCUUUGUACAGCUGACCAACUUCAGCCUUGUUCCUGUUCAAUGGAGAACAGCUUACACUGGAGUCUAUGGUUUUCUCUGGGCCAUCUUCAUCUGUUUUUCCCAGCAGAGUGGUGACGGCACAUUGAAGUCAGCUUUCACCAUUUUUCGUACAAAGUGGACCAGCGCCAUAGAAGGGUCCCCGGAGAAAUGAGACAUCAAGGACUCUCUUAAAGGGACCACAUAUUUGACCUAAAAUGCACAGAAUUGCCUACAGACAAAAUACUUGAUGUGCCAAUUAUGCAUUUCAUUUUGAGGAAUUACUGCUAUUUGUAGACCCACUUUUUAAAAAAUUAUCAAUGAUUAUUUUUGAAUUAUAUUCAGACAUUUUUUCCUCUUCUAGUCUGAAAUAUUACUUCUCUAAUAUUUUGGUUAAUAUGAAUAAUAGUGGCAAAAUGGCAUUUCAGAAUUAUUAAUAUUUUAAUGCAAGUUUCAGGAAACUUGGUUUUGAUUGUUUACAUUUCUAUUCUAAAAUCUCAGGUUAUCUCCUGAACACUUCUGGGCAGAUGAACUUUUAUACCAAAAAAUAGUUCUUAUAGUGAAUUUUAAUUUACAUAGAACUCAGUCGAAAUGAAGAUUU